AAGUUAAUAAACGCUAAACUCGUGUGCAACCUAGAGAUGGAAUUCAUAUUUCAUCGCGAAUACGAGGUACGCGGUCUUGUACGCGGUGCAGAUUCGACAUGUCGGAGUCCUGACGGAGACACCGCAAUAAACAAUUGUCAAGCGCGGCGCCGUAAACUGGAUCAAUAUGGCAGAGAUUACGAAAUAAGAUCGUUAUGCAAAGCAGUCGGAGAGGGUCGCGCCGGGGUUGCGCCGCAGAGCAAUUCGCGGGGGGUGCGGUUAACGUCUAGCGGCAAGCGUGCAAGCCCGGGGGAUGGCUUUUUCGGUGAUUUAACCGAGGAGGGUGAACGUUUGUUAUUCAAUUUGCAACCCCCUCGGUACCAGCCACUGCUCACCCUCUACCCACAGAUCAUCGCGCCUUUACGAUCAUGGCCGUACGCUCCUAAUGCAGGAAGCGUUCCUCCUCGCUCGAGAUAUAGCGCUUGCUGACAACGAUCAUAUUUCCAUCUGCUGCAACAUGCUGGGAAUCUAUGCUGCACCACAGUUAUAAUCUUGCACAUAUAACUCAUUAAUUAAAAUACGCAUUUUGUCGCUACGAGCUUGUUUUAAAUAAAUUUAAAAAGAGUUUAAGGAAAAUUAAUCUUUGUUUCAUAUCAUUAUCAUAAUCUUUCAUUUCCCUUCAGGUAUUAUAUUACAUUUACAGUAUGUCUAAACUAAUUGUAAGUGAGUGUCUAUAUAAUAUCAAUGUUUCAGUAUUUGAAGAAUUAAAAAAAAAAAGUAAAUAAUCUUCAAUAAAAUCUUUUGAAAAUA